UGGUAUAAGAAUUUUUUUGUAUGCUUGUAAUUGCUCGUACUUGUCACGUGAAAACGUUGUGUCACAUGACCCGGGCUUGACUCCGCCCAUUUGAUUGUGUCGAAUUCGUUGGGGUACUGUGUACGUUAUCGCUAUGGGCUGUGCGUUGACCAAAGCACAAAAGAAGGCGAUUGAGGAAGCUUAUAACGCUGUAGAAGAAAACGGAGAAGAUGAACAAACUGCAGAACCGAAAGAACUGAAGCUCCUCCUACUUGGUGCUGGAGAGUCCGGAAAAACAACAAUAAGAAGACAAAUAAAACUGAUCUACACUGAAGGUUUCUCAAAUGAAGAGAAAGAGGAAAGCAGACCAAUUGUCUUCAGCAACACCGUGCAGUCUCUGGCAGCAAUACUGAAAGCAAUGGGGCAGCUGCGAAUUCCUAUGGAAAGCCACAAUCCAUCUGCACAAGAAGAUGCCAGGUUGGUGUUGACAACAAUUGCCCAGCAGUCAGACACAAAGCCAUGGUCUAGUGAGCUAGUGUCUGCGAUGAAACGGUUAUGGGCAGAUCAAGGAGUCCACAGGUGCUACGAAAGAAAUAAUGAAUACCAGUUAAAUGAUUCAGCAAAAUACUACUUAGACAGUGUUGAUCGAAUAUCUCAUUCUGAGUAUGUUCCGAAUGAGCAGGACAUAUUGAGAACACGAGUGAAAUCAACCGGUGUUGUAGAGAUGCCAUUCAUUCACAGUGGCUUCAAAUUCAACUUGUGGGAUGUGGGAGGACAACGAUCAGAAAGAAAGAAAUGGAUACAUUGCUUUCAAAAUGUAGAUUGUGUUCUGUUUUGUGUUGCACUGAGUGCAUACAAUCAAACCCUUCGUGAGGACAGUGAAGUGAACCGAUUGCAAGAAAGUUUGCGAUUGUUUGGGAGCAUUCUUAACAACAGAUGGUUUGCCAGCACGUCAAUCAUGCUCAUACUCAACAAACGUGAUUUAUUUGAACAAAAGAUUAAAGAAUCUCCACUCACAGUCUGCUUUCCUGAAUACCAAGGUAAUAUGUCACAAUACAAAAUUGAAAUUUCUUGUUUCGAAAGUCUACAUUUACUACUAAUGAGCAGUACAGUAGUUGUUGCUUGUUGUUGUUGUUGUUGUGUGUGUGUGUGUUUGUGUAUGUGUGAGUCCUGCAGCCAGACAUCAUUUCAGGUGCCUGUUAGUCUUCCUAUUACCAAGAACAUUACUUUGUACAACUUUUUGAAACUACCGUACAUGAUGCACAUAAUUUGUUGUGUGGUCAUUGGCACCAGUCACUUUACCAAUCUCCUAGUCCAAAUGCAUGCUCCACAGCAAACUACAUGUGGCAAGCAAAGACAAGGGCAAUACAGAGCAUCCUAAAACCUGAACAUUACGUUGCCAUGCAGCAGCUAGACAAACUGAUGGAGGAAGCAAUGCUGUCGAGGCAUCAGCGUACAUUCAAGCUCAAUUUGAACUGUUGAACAAACGCAAAGAUGAAAAAGAUAUUUACACGCAUCUUUUGUGUGCAACAGACACAAAUGACAUGAAGAAAGUAUUAGACU